UGCAGAAGGUGGGUGGGGUUUCCCGGCAUUCUGCGGGUGUGGGAGCUGCGUGCGAUCAUGGAGGAUUCGAAGAAAGGACAGCAGCCGCCGCUGCGGAAAGGCGACGAGAAAUCGGCGGGGGGAAAGGAGAAGGACAAGAAGGAGAAUGAGGACAAGGAGCAGGAGCUGUCUGAUGAAGAUAAGCAAUUACAGGAAGAGCUAGAGAUGCUUGUGGAAAGGCUGAGUGAAUCAGACACAAAACUUUAUAGGGCUGCUCUGGAGGAACUCAGGAGGCAGAUUCGUUCAUCCACCACCUCCAUGACAUCUGUCCCUAAACCACUUAAAUUUCUUCGACCACAUUAUGACAAACUUAAAGAAAUCUAUGAAAAAAUGCCAUCAGGAGAAAAUAAGAGAUUUUGUGCUGACAUAGUGUCAGUAUUAGCCAUGACAAUGAGUGGAGACCGGGAAUGUCUGAAAUACAGACUUCAAGGAUCUCAGGAAGAACUGGCUUCAUGGGGGCAUGAAUAUGUCAGGCACCUGGCAGGUGAGGUUGCAAAAGAAUGGCAAGAAGUAGACGAGAAUGAUAAAGCUCAACAUGAAAUACUACUCACUCUGGUAAAAGAGGUAGUUCCCUAUAAUAUGGCUCACAAUGCUGAGCAUGAGGCAUGUGACCUCCUCAUGGAGAUUGAACAUCUCAAUAUGCUGGAAGAUUAUAUUGAUGAAAAUGCAUAUUCUAAAGUCUGCUUAUAUUUAACAAGCUGUGUCAGUUAUGUUCCUGAACCAGAAAAUUCUGCUUUGCUUCGAUGUGCUCUUAGUAUUUUCCGGAAAUUCAAUCGCUACCCUGAGGCUCUGCGUCUUGCACUGAUGUUGAAUGACAUGGAAUUAGUCGAAGAUAUUUUUACUUCCUGUAAAGAUGUUGUUAUUCAGAAGCAGGUAGCAUUUAUGUUGGGUCGCCACGGUGUAUUCUUGGAACUAAAUGAGGACGUGGAGGAUUAUGAAGAUCUGACGGAGAUAAUGUCAAACGUUCAAUUGAAUAGCAACUUCUUAGCCCUCGCACGAGAGCUGGACAUUAUGGAGCCUAAAGUACCAGAGGAUAUUUACAAAACACAUUUGGAAAAUAACCGUUUUGGUAGCACUGGCUCCCAGAUUGAUUCUGCUCGUAUGAACCUUGCUUCAUCAUUUGUUAAUGGUUUUGUAAAUGCAGCAUUUGGACAAGAUAAACUGUUGACAGAGGAUGGUAAUAAAUGGCUAUACAAAAACAAAGACCAUGGCAUGUUAAGUGCUGCAGCUUCAUUAGGUAUGAUACUACUUUGGGAUGUUGAUGGUGGUUUGACACAAAUUGACAAGUAUUUGUACUCUUCAGAAGACUAUAUUAAGUCUGGUGCCUUGCUUGCAUGCGGUAUUGUAAAUUCUGGUGUCCGAAAUGAAUGUGAUCCAGCACUUGCUCUUCUCUCAGACUAUGUCCUGCACAGCAGUAACACAAUGAGAAUUGGAGCCAUCUUUGGGCUUGGUCUUGCCUAUGCAGGCUCUAAUCGGGAAGAUGUACUUGCUCUCCUCCUUCCUGUGACGCGAGAUUCUAAAUCCAGCAUGGAGGUGAUCGGUGUGACUGCGCUGGCAUGUGGUAUGAUUGCAGUGGGCUCAUGCAAUGGAGAUGUUAGCUCCAACAUCGUGGAAACUAUAUUGGAGAAAUCAGAGCAGGAGCUGAAGGACACUUAUGCCAGAUGGCUACCCUUAGGCCUAGGUCUCAACCAUUUGGGAAAAGGUGAGGCCAUUGAGGCUAGUUUGGCUACCCUGGAAGUGGUAUCCGAGCCAUUUCGUAGUUUUGCCAAUACUUUGGUAGAUGUCUGUGCUUAUGCAGGUUCUGGUAAUGUACUGAAAGUCCAGCAGUUACUCCACAUUUGCAGUGAACAUUAUGAUUCAAAAGAGAAAGAUGAUGAUAAAGACAAAAAGAAAGAGAAAGAUAAGGACAAAAAAGAGAAUGCAGCAGAUAUGGGAGCACACCAGGGAGUAGCAGUGCUUGGUAUUGCUUUAAUUGCCAUGGGAGAAGAGAUUGGAGCAGAAAUGGCUCUGCGCACAUUUGGACACCUGUUAAGGUACGGUGAGCCUACUUUAAGACGUGCUGUACCACUGGCACUUGCUUUGAUUUCGGUCUCUAAUCCACGGUUGAGUAUACUGGACACUUUGAGCAAAUUCUCUCAUGAUGCUGACCCAGAGGUGUCUCAUAAUUCGAUCUUUGCAAUGGGCAUGGUUGGAAGUGGUACUAACAAUGCCAGGUUGGCAGCCAUGCUGCGACAAUUAGCACAGUACCAUGCCAAAGAUCCAAAUAACCUUUUCAUGGUUAGAAUAGCACAGGGUUUGACUCACCUUGGAAAGGGAACACUCACAUUGUGUCCAUACCACAGUGACAGACAACUAAUGAGCCAAGUAGCAGUGGCUGGUCUUCUCACUGUACUGGUCUCUUUUCUUGAUGUGAAGAACAUAAUUCUAGGAAAGUCCCAUUAUAUUCUUUAUGGUCUUGUUGCUGCAAUGCAGCCUCGUAUGCUAGUUACGUUUGAUGAAGAGCUCCAACCAUUGCCAGUGUCAGUUCGUGUUGGCCAGGCUGUGGAUGUUGUAGGCCAAGCUGGCAAGCCCAAGACCAUCACAGGAUUCCAGACACACACUACACCUGUGCUAUUAGCACAUGGCGAAAGAGCUGAAUUGGCAACCGAAGAGUACAUGCCUCUAACCCCAAUCCUGGAGGGGUUUGUCAUUUUACGCAAAAAUCCCAAUUAUAGUGUGUAGCUUGUGGUUAAUACUUGGUGCUUUGUACAUGGAGUUUCUUUUAGAGAAUAGACACCAUCCAUGCCCAAAAGGUGAUGCUGGUACUUUGGUAAAACAGGAUCAUCAGUCUACUCUUGAACCGGUUUUAAUUAUUGGUUCAGAACUUCUAUAUUUUAUAUUACUUUGCCGCAUGAUGGAUGUAUUUCAUUAAAUUUUGUUAUAAUGCUACAAAUCUAAAUAAAGUUAUUUCUUGUCCACCAA